AUGACUUCGAGGCUAGCCAGCACCGGUGGGCGAUUCUUUAAGAGAAACAGAGAAAAUCAAUACCUGCCCGUUUCAGUACCGAGGGAGGAUCUCGUGGCGCAAAAGGCCGAAGAAAUGGUGGCACGUCGCGGAUUGCCCAAAACUCAGGGACGUUACCAAACUUGGAAGAAACCGUUGGUUUUCGAUUUACCUUGCCCUUUGCUCAAAAAAUGAAGGGAUAUUUUGUUUUAUAGAAUUUACGUCUCCCCGCACCAACAUCCUUUGGAGCAAUCGCCAGACUUUUCGUUUAAAGGUAUGCCAGUAUUGUUAUAGCUGAAUCACGGCUGGCUUGAGCCAUAGGAAAAAGGGUCCUGACACGACAAUAAAAGAGACAGUGUCUGGCUCGUGGAGAGCGCAGACAGACCACGCCCCUUAGCGUCCCAAGCUAGCCGUGAAUCGGCUAUAUGGCAAUUCACAAAAACUUUCUCGCUUAGAUGGUCGCCCAAUUCACUUCACUUCUCAAGCCCAACUCGACCAUAAAGUCGAUCAACUACGUCUUGCGGUGCUUCCGGAACUUUUGCCAGAAUAAAACUUUGAGCUUUCAGAGAAGAAUAGUGUCUUUACUGAACGAAACGAAAGACGUCGAAUCGGCUCACAGAACGGCGAAUUCGCUUCGAGAGAAAGCCAAAGCUGAUGUAGAUUCUUCGAGACCGAGUGCAAAGGGCCAGAAAUCUAUUCGAUAACAGGAAAAUUGAUUUUGUCAAAGUUUUAGAAGAUACAUGUUACAAUUUGUUUUAAACGUUUUUAGAAGUUUUGAAAUCAUCCAUUUUUGUACAGCGCGGUUGUCAUUGAUAAAUUGUUCUUUUUCUCAAAUGUUAUAUUUUGUUUUCAUAAGAUUCUUGUUCUUAUAUAUUUUUUCUCAAAAAACUAAUUUUUCAAAAAAUGGAGUUUCAGAAGAGAAAAAUGGGACGCUUCAAGUCACAAAAACGAGUAAGUUUUUCUCCAAGUGUUACUUUUUUAGAAUUGAAGUUUAUUAUUUCAUUUUUUUUUUCCAGAAUAAGAAAGAAACGGGGGUCGCGAUAUCAAAAGCGAAAUUGAAGAAGAUCAGGAAGGCGUCGAAAAAAGGCGAGCCGUCGAUUGAGGAAGAUGUCGUGAUGGAAGGCGAACAGCCGCUCGUCCUUCGGGCCCGCGGUCUUUCGGUGGCCUCCACUGUUCGUUUCAUUUUAUCACCUUCAAGCUCAAAAUUCAUCGAUCGUCAAGUUAGAGGCACAGAAGUAGCUGACGGAUUAAGAUUAAAUAUUGAAAAAUAGGAAUCUCUCGGGAAAAUUCCAGAGUCAUCUCUCAAAUUUGUGGACUAUGUCUUUUUCUAUCUAGAAUCGUCCCUCACAUGUCAGUGUUAAGGGACGAUUCUAAAAUGCUUAGGCAGUCUUCAAAAAUCCCCCCCUUUGGAAUAAGCAUUGCCUUAUCUAGAUCAGCCCCCUUAUUCCAGAAUUCUCAUUUUGUUUUUUAAGCUAAAAUUAGCCUCCGGAGAAGAAAAGAAUGUGCCUCGUGUCAACCCGAAGAAAACCUUGCGAAGAGACGAACUUCCUGUUUUUGAAAAGUAGGGAUUUUUUUAUUCCGCAGAUCCAUCGUGUUACUUUUUCAGUGGAGUCUAUGUUGAUAAACCGUCUGGAAAAGUGGUCAGCACGCGCAACAUGUCGGUGAAAAAAGCUCGGAAAGUUGUCAAGGUACCGAAACUCCUACUUCUUCGACAUUUUCAAGUAACUUCCAGAAAAUGAAGCACCACGCUCGAGAUGUUUUUGCAAACUUGAAGGAGGAAUUAGCUGCCGAAAAACCAGACGCCAUGGAAAGUUGA